GUAACUCUCAUUUGUUUUUGAAACGAUGAGAUGAAUGGAUUGGAUUGAAUUCAAUUGAUCUGUAUUUUUUAAGGAACGAAUGCAUGCAUACGGUACUUACUAAAAUGUUCGAUACAUAAUGUGCCUCGGCCCGCUCGAAAUAAAGAUCGAAAUACAGGACUUCUUGCCCCGGCACCUUCCCCAUUUCGGCCAGCUCCGGAAUUGGCAGCCACUCGUUGUAGGAGGCAUUCAAUCCAAAAGAUGCGAAUUGUGUGGUAGAUCCGUCCAGGAAGUCGACCGAGUACCAAGCCGCACCCGUUGGGUCGCCUUCCGUGAUGCCGAAAAGAAACUGGCACCCGAGAGUGUCAUAGGGGAUGUUCGCCAGGCCCCGAAAAUUGCAAAAGGCGUCCAUGUUUCCCUGGAGGACCAUUCGCACGGUUCCUUUGUAGUCGACGGUCGCCCUAGUCGGCGGGAUUGCCUCCAGCCCCGUUCUGCGGUUAAGUAGGUUGAAGGGAGGGAUCCAGAUUUCCGACAAUUCACCAUUCCCCGCCCACACGGAGAUCCGGUCUGUGCAUGCGGAAGUGGUGAUCUCCCAGGCCAGCCUUUGAUCGGUCCAGGUUAGCCCAAGCUCCAUGUGGACGUUUGCCGAUCCGGCUUCCUCGUCGAUACCCACGAGAUAGUAGUACCAGAUAUCGACGCCCACUUCGAGGACCUGGAAUCGCUCAGACUGGGGAGGGGUUGCUGUAUCGUAUCCGUAGGUCCCGGAAGAAAAGACUGCGGCUUUGGCGUUGGCCUCGCACUCGUAGACAKGGAGGGUAGAGCCGCAGCAAAUCCGAAAGAAGAGCUCCCGCAGUUUUGCAUCAUAGACGCUGGGUUGGUGAUCGUUGCCAUUGUCAUUGCCGUUGCCGUUGCCAUUGCCGUUACUGUUGUUUCCGAGCAUGGAACAACUGUUCGCUCGGUAGAAGGAGUCGAUUUCUGCGCAAGUGGAAAUCCCAUCAGCGAUGUUCCUGUAGACGGUAGAAGCGUCGUUAUUGUUGAUGUGGUUGUUGUUGUUGCUAUCGCUUGGACGUUUUUGGUUUGUAGCGUUGUUCGUGGCAUUUGUAUGUAUCAUUUCGAACAAAGCCGCUCGAAGAGGACUGAAAUGACCGUCGAGUUUUGGGGGGGAAAUGUCUGGGAAAAGGUCGAUACCUUCGCAAAGUUUGCAAGCAGCAUUACUGGUGUUGCUAGAGUUGUUGCCACUGUCACUUAUGUUUUCGUUGGUAUCCUCCAGGAUCCGUUGAUUUCGUGCUUGGUUAAGUGGUGCGAUCGGAAUCGAAGAACGCGAAAAAGACGCGGCGACGGCAGCAGCCGAGCCUGUUACGAAUAGCAACAUCUUUAUCACUGUCGUCGUCUUCGCCGCCGUCGCCAUUAUGAGCAUGAGUAUCAGCGGUUGCAAAACCAGCGGCAGCAACUAGUUCUGGUCCUAGAUCUUUUUGUAGUUCUAGUUGAGGUUCUGGUUCUGGUUACAACUCAUAAAGGCGGAGUUCCCGAUUGAGAUGCCAAACCGUACGGUAUUGUUUAAAACUUUUUCUCUUGUCUUUCCGGUGAGUACGGGUACUCUUGUGAGACAUCAAACACUCCACAAUACCAGUCUCGGAAGAAAUCGCCCUCAUUUGACAUUUGACAUUUUCCUCAUUCCAGAAAUCCAGAAACAGGUAUCCAGAUAUCCAGAUAUCCCCUAUGACUGUUUUUGCUAUCGAUACAACAAGUGUUUCAAUCCCUAUGACUGUGCAAUGACAAUCCCAAUGACUAUGUAGAAUUAAGCAAAAUUUGUACC